GCCCCCCCACAGCCAAAGGCGGAAGAGGCGUCCGUGAGGCGGUUGCGAUGGCGUCAAGGUUACUGCGGGUCUCUGGAGCCUUGCGGGCUCUCCGGGUGGGCCCGGCUGCCCUGGGGAAAGGGCCGGCGCCUCUGGCGGCGGGGUCUCGCGAGGCCAGCUCCGGAGGUAUGGCUACUGAUGAAGAACAGGCCACAGGAAUGGAGAGGAAAGUUUUGGAUACUAUAAAGAAAGGAGUGGAUCCUUAUGGAGUAUAUCCAUCCAAACCGUACGGGGGAACAAAAGACGACCCCCACCUUGUCCCCUCCUUGACAAACGUGAGGCUCGUGGGCUGUAUCUGCGAGGAAGAUGCCACGGAGACGUACUACAUUUGGCUUCACAAAGAUAAAAUAGAGCGCUGCCCUUCGUGUGGGGCCCAUUUCAAACUGGUUCCCUGCGAAUUGCCCUGAAAGGCUGCAGAACCCGAAUUCUUACUUUUUUGGGGGGAAACACGGGCUCGAGCCAGAAAUCUUGAAUAAGUUAUGAGGUCCUGUUAUUUUCUGAAGCUUAAUAAAAAGUCUUUCGACCCAU